AUGUUAAGAUCAAUCAGAAAUUUUAAGAGUUUAAGUGCUUUCAACACCAGAAGCUUAACUUCUACCACCAAAGCCUUAUCCAGUUAUGAUCACCCAGAUUAUUCUAACUACUUAAACCAAAGAGGUGAAUCUACCAACAGAAAUUUCACUUACUUUAUGGUUGGUUCCAUGGGUUUAUUAUCAGCUGCUGGUGCUAAAUCAACUGUUGAAGCCUUUUUAUCAUCAAUGGCUGCUUCAGCUGAUGUCUUAGCUAUGGCCAAAGUUGAAGUCAAAUUAGGAGCCAUCCCAGAAGGUAAAAAUGUUAUUGUCAAAUGGCAAGGUAAACCAGUAUUCAUCAGACAUAGAACUGCUGAUGAAAUCAGUGAAGCUAAUGAUAUCGAUGUUUCUAAAUUAAGAGAUCCACAAACUGAUGACCAAAGAGUUAAAAACCCUGAAUGGUUAGUUAUGUUGGGUAUUUGUACUCAUUUAGGUUGUGUUCCAAUUGGUGAAGCUGGUGAUUUCGGUGGUUGGUUCUGUCCAUGUCACGGUUCUCAUUAUGAUAUAUCUGGUAGAAUCAGAAAAGGUCCAGCUCCUUUAAACUUAGAAAUUCCUGAAUAUGAAUUCUCCGAUGACAGUACUUUAGUCGUUGGUUAG